GAGAAGCAAUACUUGGAUAUGAUGUGACAUGUUACGACUAUUGUGAUAUGAUAUUGUCAUGCCUGUUCUGUUUCUGUUUGUGUUUGUAAACUUAACUAGUUAACUAACCAGUUUUGAGUUUUUGCUAUGGAGACAGCAAUGACAUGAAUAAUGUUCAGCUGAACGAUGAUGUUCUUGAACUAAUUGUGCUCAAAUCAGACCUCCAUGUCCCUUAUUCAUCUCUUGCUUCAUGGAAAGAUGAUUCAAGUGCUUGUUCAUGGAACCGGGUUCAAUGCAAUCCAGCAACAGGAAGAGUUACUGAGAUCAAUCUUGCUAGGUUGGGAUUAUCUGGAAGAAUUGGAGGAGGCCUUGAGAAGUUACAGCAUCUAAUGGGAUCAAUAAAAAAUAGCGAUGAUGUUGCAUUCUUCAUACAUCUAAGAAGGCCUCAACUAUAUUCAAUUGCAGAUUUGAAGGAAUGUGAGCUGAAAAGUGAAGAAGAUAGAAGUAAAGGAGACUACUUUCAGCUUCAGGUUAAAAUCUGCAAUGGGAAGGUAAUAGAAGUGGUGGCUUCAGAGAAAGGGUUUUAUCCUAUUAGAAAACAAUAUCUGCAAAGUCACACUUUGGUUGAUCUUCCACAACAGCUAAGUCGAGGUUUCGCUAAUGCAUAUGAAUCUUUAAUGAAAGCUUUCUCUGAAGUCUGAACAUGACAAGGUAAUAUUUAUACCAACUGAUUUUAUUUUUUUCUUUUAAAUAAAAAAGUGUUUUCCUUUUUCUUUUCCUAACAAUUUAUCUCGUUCAGUUUGGCAAUCUUCCAUAUGGAUUCCAAGCAAAUACCUGGCUUGUCCCUCCAUCUGUUGCCGAGUCACCUUCAAACUUUCCUGCCCUUCCUGCUCAGGAUGAAAGCUGGGGUUGUAAUGGUGGUGGCCAAGAUAGAAAUGGUGAAUAUGAGCUUAGACAAUGGGAUUUAGAUUUUGCAGUAUUGGCUUCUCUUCCUUGCAAAACUGAAGAGGAGAAAGUGGUCAGAGAUAGAAAAGCUUUCCUGCUGCACAGUCGAUUUGUUGAUACCUCGACAUUCAUAGCUA